AUGGCAUUUGCAUUUUUCUCGGCCUUAGGACUUCUGUCCACAUUUCAAUUCGUUGGACCCGUUGCUGCAGACUCGCAGAACAUCGACCUUUGUGGUCAAUCAGACUGGUGGAACUCGACUGAAGUGCCAUAUUCAUUUAAUAAUAAUGCCUGGGGAAAUGACAGCUCGGGCUACCAAUGUAUGGCCGUCCAUGAUAAUGGUCGGAGUUUCAGUGUCUCCUACAAAUGGACCGGGGAUGCAUCUCUUGUCAAAGGCUACCCCUACAUGAAGGCUCAUCCUACGAGGCUCCCUGUUCAGCUUUGGAACGUCACUCAGCUACAGGUUACUGGCAAUUGGCAGACCUACGUUACCGGCAAGGAAAAGGCUAGUGCUGAGCUGCAGGCUCAAGCCUUCAAUGACGUUUCACUCUACGCCAACGUUGCUGUGGACAUGUUCCUGUCCGACAACAAGGAGAACUCAACCAUGGUCGGCGCCCCCAUUGAAAUCAUGAUUUGGCCCUGGUGGACGCCAACUGUAAAGCCGCUAGGAUGGGCUGAGUCUACUCCCGACAAAGACACCGUCACCAUUGAUGGCACACCUUUCUCAUUGUACCAUGGCUGGAAUGAUGGGGGACAGCAUGUUUUCUCAUGGCUGGCUCGCACCAAUCUCACCAAGACUGACGCCGACUACGGGCCUUUGCUCACCUACAUCUGGAAGAAGGGUAUGCUGUCCGGCGCAAUAUGGCUGGGGCAACUCGAGCUGGGCACCGAAAUCAAGCACGCCGCGGGCGACAUGCACUUUGAAGCCAGCAACUAUACCUUGAAGGUUGUUAGACAAGGAGACCCAGAAGACAAGACGACCCCAACUUCCACAACACGAGCCAGUACUAGCCAGACCGCGACGACGAAGACAAUGAUGACGACGGCCGCAGCUGAGGCCGCCACCACUUCUGCGCCGUCUCCCACCAGCACCAAUGCCGCGCCCGCUUUAUUGUUUGCAAAUCUGACAACGGCUUGGUGGAUCUCACUCGUCACUGUUUUGUUGUACUAA